AUGUGGAGUCGCCAUGGAAUUGGAAAGUAUAUAUAUUCAGAUAAUGCGAAAAAUUUUGGUGGUGCAAACAACCAACUACAAGAAUUGAAGGAAUUGUUUUUGUCAAAAAAUAAUCAAAAAUUAAUUCAAGAUUGCCUUGCUGCGGUAAAUAUAGAGUGGCGGUUCAUUCCACCUCGCUCUCCACACUUUGGCGGGUUAUGGGAGUCAGCCGUAAAAUCUGUAAAAGGGCACUUAAUUAGAACGUUGGGAAAUGCAUCACUAACGUAUGAAGAAUUAAACACCGUUCUAGUUCGUAUAGAGGCAUGUCUAAAUUCACGUCCGUUGACGCCUUUGUCUACAGAUCCAUCAGACUUGAAAGUUCUCACUCCAGCACAUUUUCUUAUCGGUGGAUCACUAUUAGACUUACCAGAUCCAGACUAUACGAAAAUAACUCCUGGUCGAUUACGCCGUUGGCAACGUGUCACUCAAUUUACGCAACAAAUUUGGCAAAGAUGGCAAAACGAAUAUUUAUCAACAUUGCAACAUAAGUCAAAAUGGUACAAAUCAAAUGGUUCACGUCCCACAGUUGGAUCCAUGGUACUUUUGAAGGACGACAAUUUGCCUCCACUAGAAUGGCGACUUGGGCGUAUCUCAAAAGUGUUUCCCGGCAAGGAUGGCGUGGUGAGGGUUGCAUUAGUCAAGACGAAACAAGGCGAGUUUAAAAGAGCUUGUCGCAUUCUAUGUCCCCUGCCAUUAGACGAUGAAGACGGAAUACCAAAUGAUAACAUUUUGUAA